AGAAAGAGAUGACGAGUUAUUACCGCGACCCGACUUUUCGGCCCGAAUCAUUGCCUGCUCUUCCUCGACAUCAUCAUGUUCACGGUCUACACAGCGACUUGUCACCAAGACGAACCGUCAUGUUUGAGGGUAUACAACCACGGCCUCCAACACUCGCCAAAUCUUCUCUCGAGGCACAAGACCAGCUUAAGGUGUACAGAGAUGAACUGAAGAGGAAAGAUGAACUCAUUCAGCAGCUGUCCAGGUAUGACACAAACAGCAGCUUCCGUCCACCUGGAAGACCCUACGAUCCUACCUGGGUUGACAUGCAUUUCUCAGGUGGGCGUCAGCAUGUGGAAGCUGUCAGAAGUGAAGCUGCAGCACUGCAGGCACGCGUUGAAAAACUUCAGCAUCAGUUAAGAGAAGCUCAGUCUGAUGUAGAAAGCAAAGAGUCCAAGAUACGCGAGCUGGCAGCAGCUGCGGAAAGUGCCCGUGAGAAUGAAGUGAGACUUUCAGCACUGACCCAGACCUUAAGAGACCGCCUUACAGAGCUUGAGAGCCAUGCUGGCAGCUUCGAGACUGCUAAGGGCAGGAGCGAGUUCACAAUCACCUCAUUACAGAAAGAAAUCAGGGAUAACAAUGAAAGAAUAGCAGACCUUGAAACUAGGCUACGCAAAUUGCUUGAGGAAAGAGAAGUUGCUGAACAGAAAUGUGUGGCGAUGGAAAAGAAAUAUGCUGACAUGGUUUCUCAGCUGAACAGCAUUCUGCGCACUGAUGAUGUACUGUCACCUUCGCUGGAGCAGCUUGUGGCUAAGGUGUCGGAUAUUGUCCAAGAAAAUGCUCUUUUGAAAGGCAAACUUGUGACUCUGAAUGAGAUGCUGACUAACACAGAGUUAGAGAGUAAAGCAAGCAGAGAGACCAUAAUGAGGCUGGUGUCAGAAGUGGGGAGAGAACAAAAGGUCGCUAACAGAUACAACACAAAUUAUGACUCACUAAGACUGCACAACCACAGCCCGCAGCACUUACACGGAGAUCAUCAAUGGUUUUCAUUACAGGAGCGUGAUAACGCUGUGGCCUCAAAGAAAGACCUGGAACGUGAGACAGAGAGCCUGCGGGACAGACUAACCUCCUGUCAACGUGCUCUAGACGCAGCCAGAGACGAACUCACCCAGAAGGAAUCACGCCUCUCCAGUCUAUCUAGAGAAGUGCGAGAAACAGAGCACAGUUUCCACAGCAACAAAACUCAGUACAACUUGUUCAAGGAGCAGAUAGCAUCUCUGUUGAGUGAGGCAUUCCAUCAAGUGGAACCAUACGAAGAGGCUAUCAGGGAACGUAUCCUGGCAUUGCAGGACGGCAACAAAGAGAAAGCAGAGCACAUCAAUGUUCUUGAGGAGAAACUAAGGAAAUGCUCUGAGCAGCUAGAGAAGCAGUACGACAUGAACAAGACGGUUGUGCGUCGCACAAAACAAACAGAGGCUAACCUGGUGGAACUGGAGGAGAGGCUGAGGUCAGCAGAGGGUGACCUGGCCGCAGGGGACAUGCUCAGGGACAAUUUCAAGACAGACAAGGAAAGGUAUCUGCGCUUCAUGCAGGGUAUAGGAGCAGUGAUGAAAAUGGACCAGAUAAACUUUGAUGUUGGCCUGGACAUGGCUACAGAGGCGCUGAUUUCACGUGCAGAGCAGUUGGUGCGCCAGGAAAGUGACGCUCUGGCAGGGAAGAGCACGCACUUGUACAACUUGCAGCGGAAGGUCAAGGCCCUGAAAGAACAGCUGGAGAGCAAAGAGCUGCACAUCGACCUGCUUAGGAAGAAAAUCACAAGUCUAGAGGAGAAGGUGUUGGGGCGGUCAGAUCUAGAGAGGGAGAGGGACACAGAGUCCCUGAGGGUGAAGAAGUUAGAGAGGCUGGUAGAGAAGUACAAAGUGCAGCUAACAGACUCCAGACACGAAGUGACAAACCUAAAGGCCCAGCUUCUGGGCAGCAGUGAACUUAGGGUACGGAGCCUGGAGCAGAAAAAGGAAAUGGAGGAAUUGGUGCAGCAAGUGGAUGAACUGGAGAGAAUCAGACAGAAACAGGCGAAGAAGAUUGCUAACCUCAAGGAGGAAGUGGAAAUACAGGAUCAUAACUCCCAGGAGAAACGGGUAGUGUCUGACAACGCUGUCCAUGCCCUGUCCAGCGAACUACGCACAACUAAGAACGCUCUGGAUGUCGUCACCAGCAGGGAAAAAACACUGCUGGACUUCAGGAAUGUGGUGGCUCGCAUGCUAGGUCUGGACAUCAACACUUUGGCCAUCCCAGACUAUGAGAUCAUCUCCCGUCUAGAGUCCCUGAUCCAGGCCCAUCACAGCCAUGCCUUCACCACCUGCAGCCUGGACGACGCUCUAGCUGACAUGGGGGACGGCUUCAUUGCAGGUUACGAGCAGGCCAGGCGUGAUCCAGUACGCACUGUCACAGGGCCCCGGCGGUCCCGCACACGUGUCAGGACCCGCACCCGGGCGCGUUCCGUGUCACCCAUCAGGAGAGACCCACGGUCCUAUUAACUCAGGCCACAGCAGCAAUAGUGUUGUUUCUGUCUUUUUGAAGUAUUUAACAGUUGGUGACUUUGUGAUCAGUCUAGGGAAGUAAGAGAAUAAAUCCUGUGUCUGGGUAGCAUUUAGAUCAAGCAUUUCUCAUAAAGAGCGUCUUUCAGAUGGCUGUUGUUGACACUUUUAUUAUGAAAUCAAAGUAUGAUAACAGUAAACCUCAAAAACUAAUUGUUCACUGUGGUUCAUUAGAAUUGUUAUACAUUUCAUAUACAUGUAUUAAAAUUCAAAUUUUAAUAGUGGUUAAUUGAAAUUUUAAAAAAAAGUACAUGUUAGUACAAUUAUGUACUUGUUAAUGUACAGUUUCUAUUAUGGUAUCAGUGGUGAUGUAGAUAUUAUUAACACAGAGGAGCCAGUUUAGAGAGGAAAUGUUAGGAGGGUGUUAGUGUUAUUGGUAUAUAGUGUGUAUAUAACUAAAACUUGACACACGUGUACACAUGUAAUAUUGUGGGAGUUAUCCCCUGAACUUUAAUCAUGGGGUAAAACUAAGUGGCAAGCUAGACAGCAUGCGAGAACUUAGAGCAUGGGAUUGUAAAAGGUGCCAUGAAAUGUGCAUCUCCCUGUGACAUACACUGCCAAUGAUCUCUGUGUAUAUUAAACGAGGCACCUGCUAAGUGGGGCAAGUCUAAAAAAAAAUGACCGUGCUUCCUGGAGACCUUAAAUAUGUCACUAUCAAGAAUACCUAAGCAAGCAUUGGUCAGUGUUUGAUAAGAUUUUACAGGUGUAACUAAUUCCACAAAUGUUUUUGUAUUGAAAGGAAGGGUAUGGACUGGUUGACUGCCAUCAAAACUCGUAUGAUUAAAGGGCAUAAAUUUCAAUUUUCAUAUGAAAUCUAAUAUAUAUGUUGGUGCUUCAACAAAACCUUGAAAUGAGCACAUUUGAAGAAACUGAGUUGACUUUUAUGACACUUACCUAAAAACACUAAGUUUCCAUAACUUUUGGAAACAAAGUGUAAACUUUUUUUUGUCAUGAAGCUUAAGUUAACUAAAUGUAAUGCCAUUUGUCAAUGAAUUUACAUAGUUUUGUCUGUGAUAUGAGGCUAGAAAAUAGAAAUAGUAGUUGGCUUAGCGAAAUAGUUAUUUAUGAUUCUCAGGCAGGUAGCAUUGCCCGAAAACCUCAUCAGUUUUCAUAGAAUUUUUAAAUUCAAUUAGAUCUUGACAAGCGACAUGUACACCAUCAGGAGGUCUUGUGUCGCACAAAUGCCUGUAUAUUCCAGCUAUGACAUUUAUCAUACCUGUUUCAUAUUUUAUAAACCUGUCUAUUUUCCUAUAUAUUUUUAUGAUUGUAUUAUGUACUAUUGCAUAAACAUAGUCAAUUUUUCAUCGUGGCUCGUAGAUUGUACAUACAUAACUAAUUCUUUUACAUGUAAUUACAUUCCUUGUACAUUUUAAUAAAGGAAAGAAUG